AUGUAUGGAACUAGGAGAGGAACAGCUAUCCUCCAGAAGAUGGAGGACCUCCUGAUGAUGAUGGAGAUCAUGAUGGGGAGGAUUGGAAUCCUCCAUGAAGGAGCAAAAGUCAUGGACAUCCCUACUGGGGACAAGGGUAUGGACCACCAGGAGGUGGCCCCCCUGAAGGAAGGAAUUACAGGGGAGACCCACUGGGAGAUGAUCAUGAUGAUCAUGGUUGUGGAUGCCAUGGGGGAGGCCCUAUAUGCUCAGCAUAUCUGGGAGCAAGUAGGCCAGCCCACAGGACAGUUGGGACCCAAGGUCAAAGCCAUGGGCAUCCCAAAGCCAGGGAAAUACAAAGGCCAGGAUGACCUUGAAGAAUUCAACAACUGGCUGGGGCAGCUACUCAAGUACUUCCAUACAUUCAAAGUGACAGGCCUGGACUGCAAUGUGGCUCAUACCCACACAGAAGGGAGAGCAAUCACCACUCUUCGAGCAAUGAAGGAUCACUUCCACAAUAAGGGGAAACAGCCCCAAAAAUACCUGACAGUCAAUGUCCAAGAGGAUGCAGAGUGCAAGAAUGCCUGCAAAGAAGACAAGUUGGAGGAAGGAGCCUCAGGCAAGCCUGACAAGGAGGAAAUGGUCCAAGAAUAUGAAGAAAAUGUGGGGCUACCCCCAAGGAAACAGAUGGAUGAGGAGGACAAGCCAAUAGCCUAUUUCAGUGCAAUGCACCAUGAUGAUGAACCUCUAGAUGAAGGGGUUGUCUAUUGUGCAUUUAUACACAUAGAUGAUCAAGAGGAGGGAUUACCCUCAGAAGAUGACACUCCCAUGGUAGAGGAUAACCCUCCAGAAAUGGAGAGUGGCUCUGAGAGUGAUACCUUGAGUGAUGAUGUCACUCAGACAGGAUCUGCUUUGGGCAUGAUGCUCAAAUCUGAGCAUUUGGAUUGGUCAGAGAUGUAUGAAGCUGUCCCUCCAGGUCACAUGCCCUUACAGACUGACAAUCAGCAGAUUGUCUCUGCAUUCACAUCCACAGUGUUUAUUUAUGACCUCCCCCACUGUCCUCAUGGGGGAACAUCCACUGUCAGGGGAAAUCCCCCUGCCAAAGACUCUGAGCCCAAGGAGGGCAAAAUGACUGAUGACCUGUUCAAGGACAAAGAUAGGUCAUGA